AUGUCUGCAAUAGCCGUAAAUCCCUCUUUAAGCAGCCCCGAAGACAGUUCUAAAGAGUCAGGUACCAUUAAGGGGAUUCCCAAGGCCACUUUUAUUGAGGAUGUUGAUGAAUACCUUAAGGCUAAUGGUUAUGCAACAAUUAGUGAGGCUAUGAAAGCCCUCGAUCAGUUAUAUCAAAAGUACAAGCUCAUGGAACAGGCUUUCCUCCAGCGCAAGCUUCGACUACUUCAACAGAUGCCGGAUAUCACCAAGACUCUCGAUGUUGUGAAUCAUUUUGAAAAGAAUAAUGAGAAUUUUGAUGUCACAUUUGAAGUCUUCGAUCAGCUGUAUGCAAAGGCCCAUAUCGAAAAGGCCGAUAGGAUUGGCCUCUGGUUGGGCGCAAAUGUGAUGCUCGAGUACGAUCUGGCUGAAGCGAAGGAGAUGCUUCUGCAGAAUCUUGCUGCAGCAGAGACUUCGAUGGCCGAUGUGGAGGAGACUCUGGCCUUCCUUAAAGAGCAGACAACAACAGUGGAAGUGAGUUUGGCACGUCUGCACAAUCUCAACGUCAAACGCACUCAGGCUGCUGCAGCCGCUGGGUCCGCUGCAAAUGGAAGAAAGUAG